AUGACCAGAACAGAUAUUGCUUUAGCAAUGCAGGUUCUAAGUCAGUAUAUGCACUAUACCAAGGUGUCACACAUGGAAGCUGCUCUCAGAGUAGUAAGAUAUAUCAAACAAGUACCGGGCCUGGGGCUACUUAUGCUUGCAGAAAAGGUAAGGAGACCAGUAACUAGGUACUUGGUCAAAUUUGGAAAUGCACUGGUGUCUUGGAAGUCAAAGAAACAAAUGACCGUGUCCAGAAGUUCAGUUGUGGCUGAGUUCAGGAGUAUAGCUUCAUGUGCAGCAGAAGUCACCUGGAUGAUAGGGCUAUUCAAGGAACUUGGAGUGAAGAUUCAACAGCCUAUAAGUUUGAUAUGUGACAGCAAGGCUGCUAUACAAAUAGCAGCCAACCCUAUCUUCCGUGAAAGAACUAAACAUUGA